GUGAAAAGGUAUCGGAAUCCUUUUUUCAACGAACUUCACCGAUAAACCCAUUGCCUUCGAUUGUAACACUGUGCGCAAUUUAGGUACCGAAGCUAAUCGCAGCAAUUUGAUAUGAAGGUAAUAAAAAGCGUCAUGAUGAGAAAAGUUGUCGUUGCCGCUCUCGCGGGAGCUUACAUGGCCUUUAUUAUAGUAGCAGAUAAUUGUCCAUCAUCAUCAUCAUCGAUUUUUAUCUGCCCCGAUAAUUGCUCCGAGUUUAUACGAUGCCAAGGGAGUACGCCUAUUAGAAUGGCAUGUCCUGCACAUCUCCAGUACGAUCCGAACAUCCAAAAAUGCAAUUAUCCAGACAAAAUACAAAUUCCUAAAAAUUAUUGCGAAGAUCCAACUAAUAUUUACGAAAAACCUCAUUACUGCGACUGCACUAAAUACGUGUACUGCGUGUACGGUAAAGGUGCAGUAGUAAACUGUCCAUCACCGAAAAAAUUCUCAAGCACCUUCGCCGCUUUCAAUAACAUAUGCAAUUGUACUAACUAACACCACAUUGAAAAUAAAGCAACCGAAAUCUCUAA